CGGCCGAGGUCAUAGUUCACCGGCUCGCCUCUCAAAAUGGCGGCUGAACCUACACGGGAGUGGAGCGAUGAGCAGCUCAAAAGUGAUGAUUUGCCUAAAAAAGACAUAAUAAAGUUCCUCCAGGAUAAUGCAGCCCACUCGUUCCUCAAUGAACACAAACUACUGGGAAACAUUAAAAAUGUGGCCAAAACUUCAAAGAAGGAGCAGCUGGCCAUCGCUUAUAAUCAGCUCUUUGAGAGCAAAAGGUUUAAAGGUACAGAGCCAGUGGAGGAUGUAACCGAACAAGUCAAAGCUGUGAAGAUUGAAGACAAGCCCAAAGAAGUCAAAGCUGAAGUUGUGGAUGAGGGUCCACCAAAGUAUACCAAAUCAGUGCUGAAGAAAGGAGACAAGACAAACUUCCCAAAGAAGGGAGACACUGUGAGCUGCUGGUACACUGGUACCCUGGAAGAUGGGACGGUCUUUGACACGAAUAUCCCUGCAGUAGCGAAAAAGAAGAGGCAAACCAAACCUCUGAGUUUUAAAGUGGGCCUGGGCAGAGUCAUCAGAGGGUGGGAUGAGGCCCUUUUGACGAUGAGCAAAGGUGAGACAGCGCGGCUGGAGAUCGAACCUGAGUGGGCUUAUGGAAAAAAGGGCCUUCCAGACUCAAAAAUUCCACCAAAUGCAAAACUGAUUUUUGAAGUGGAACUUGUGGCUGUGGAUUAGGUAUUUGCCACAUGGAUCACCCUACUGCGCCCUCCUUUUAAGUUUACACCGUCUUUGGACUGUAAUGAACCAGGCUCCAGUAUAUACAACUAAAUUUUCUUCAGUUUACUAUCAAGAAUAAUUGCCGUCCCAUUUCAAAUGAUCAGAUAAAAAUGAAUGCAUUUUUAAUGUUGAUAUGGAACAGGUUGUCUUUUUGCAUGUACAAUAAAGAUGAUAAAUCUCUUUC